ACCCGUAUAUGUUGUGGAAUACUCAAUAUUCCAUUGAAUUAGGUGUAAUGUCCCAAAAGAUCUCUAAGGUGAAAGCGAAGCCCUCUCACGGAAACACUCAACAGACGCCAAAGAGUAAAGGCACGACCGAGUGGGAUGGUAUUUACACUGAGAUACUGAUACGGCGGGAGGAGAAAGAUCUUGAAGCACAGUCAGAGCAGCUCCAAGAGAAGUUGGAGAGUUUGAAAGCGCGGGAAAAUGAGUUACUCCAGGAAAUAAGUGAAGUUGAAGAGUUAUUCAUAAGCAGGGAUCCAUAUCUUGCAGACGAAAUUGUUGAUCAAGCCUCAGCCAAAGCGGAUAAUGAGGAAAAAGAGGUGCUUGAAAGGGAGACUGAGAUAAAGAAUUUGACGAUAGAAUGUGCGCAGCUGAGGGAGAUGAAGCAGGAGCGGCUGAAUGUCAUGCACCAACACAUCAUAUAUCAACAGUUCAUGCAGAAACUGGUCGGCAUGACUUCAUUUGAAGAUGAGGAGGCUCUGACAGAUCACAUCGAGAGUCUUCACAAUGUUGAAGACCAGCUCUCCCAGAGGGAGGGUGAAGCUUAUGAGCAGACCAACCAGCAGAGGAAAACACAGAUAGUUUUGCAAAAACAGUACGAGUUGGAAAGACAGGAGCUUGAUAUGGAGUUAACCCAUCUUAUGCCGGAAUUGUUUGAAUCCAAAAUCAAGGUGGAAUUCUGGUUCAAAGAGUGGAAACGCAUUGAGGAAACUGCAUCAAGGAAAUUGAACCUGCUGGCACAGAUUAAGAUGUCCAUCCUCAGCCUUUAUGAAAUGAUCGGUGGGAAGGUAUGCGAUAAGCAGGGUGUGGCUUUGAAUGAAACUGAGAAACAGUUGGAAAAUAUCCACUCUUUCAUGCAAGACCACUUUGAGAUUUUGAAAGAGUAUGAAGCAAGCUUAAACGGAGAAAAGCAUGAAGCAAACUUAAACGGAGAAAAGUAAACUUAACAACAACAUUCAUUCACCAGUUCCGUCCACCCAACCUCUUACACACACAUUAACAAAUGAAUAUUUCAAGACAUCAACCAGAACUACAAUUUCAAUGCUGUACUAUGGACAUAAUAGGAAUCUGGACUCUGACUUCACUGACAAGACCGCCAGUGAGAAUGAAGGCUCAUUGGUACAGCAGCAGGUUCCUGCACACAGCAUA